AACUGUAUAUAUUCGUAUUGGCGUCACAGUGCCUCGUUAGUUACGCCGGUGAGGUGUGCGGUGUGUAGAUGUGUUGUAUCGGUGUUGAUACCGUCACCUCGAGACGGCGAACGUGAAACGAACGCGGACGAAGCGCAGACGUGUGACAUCCAGUUGAAUGACUACAAUCGCAGAUUUUCGGGUGAACCGAGACCGGUGAGGCACUUAUGCACUUUGGGGGCACGGGCGCACGCGAUCACGCUCACGUGUCGUGACACGCUCGCGUAG